AUUUGUGAUUGACAUAAAUGGGGAUGUUCCCUUAGGCGCGCCCUGUAUCAUCAAAGAAGCCAAGCCCCAGGUCGCUCAUUUCUCCGCCUGUUUACAUGCGAUGGAAAGAAGAUGUGUUUAAGUUUCCCAUAGUCUUACACUGGAAAUUGAUGCUCCCGGAAAGGAAGCCGUAUGUUCCAGACGUAGCAGGUUUCUUUCGGAAUUCACACGUUGGGAGUCUGGCGCUCUCCCCUAAAUGGUACUUUCGUUGUCUUUUUGUUCAAGACAGCAAGCUUCUUCCAGAAUCAGAACCACCUGCCAGCCUCCCUUGAUAAACAGCCCACCAGCUCUCGUGGUAGAUCAGAUGUUUAAUAAUUAGCAUAACUCACUGUUUAUCUAACUGGCAACUAUCGCUGCACUGGAAUAAUAUUUUAACUGCAGGGGAAGCCUGACGGAUCGCCCCCAAGCAAAACCCAUUGGCUGGGAAUGGCCAACGGAGCUGCCCAUUCUCAGAGGAGAGGGCCGCUCCAUCCUGGCUGGCAGAUCUCUGUGUCUGAGAUGCCAUCGUCAGAUGCUGCCCCAAAGACCUAAGGAAAUGCGCCCAGGAGACGUGUGUGUUCCCAGUCCUUUCAACUGAGGCUCAAUGGCCCAGCAAAGCACGAAAGUGAGGCCUGUGCUUCUGAAGCGUAACAGCUUAGAGUCGGUGGAGCUCGUGGCGCAACCUCACCACCGCAGGAGCAAGUCUCAGCAGGUGCGAUUUAAGGAGGAUGGCCCCAGUAAGACCCCACCUGGCCUCGCUGAGGCUGACGUCCAGGCCUCCGAGGACCCCGCCGUAAUGGGCAAGACUCAGGCCGCCGGGCACCAUCACCUCCCCACCUACUCGCUCUCUUUCCCGAGGUCCCAGAAGGCAGGGGGCUCUCGGAACAUUGCCAUCCAAACCUCCCCCAGUCUCAGGAAGCAUUUCCCAGUUUUCAAGAGGAAGAGGCUCACAGCCAGCAAGUCCCUGGUGGAAAUGCCGACAGCUCCCCAAAGUGCCAUCCAGGUCAACGGCAACCUCUCUGAACAGGACAUUGUGUCCUCUGAUCUUGCCUGCUUAAGGCUGGCUCCGCAUCUUGAGGAUGGGCCUCGGAGGGUCAAGGUGUCCCACUCGUUUCUCCCCAGAAUGUCCAAGGUGCAAAGCAAUGGGCCUGUGAACAUAUGCUUGGAAGCAGGGACCUGGAGGGCCUCGGAGAAAGCGACAGCCGCCAUUCAGGUCCCAGAUGAUAUUUAUCACAGUCCCACCUGGGCAGGCAGAGAGUCCACUUUCAGCCCAGACAGGUCUGCUGAGGUUAGCAACUCCAUACCCGCUCUGGAUGACACGUGUCCAGGUGAUGGGAGAAGAGUGUGGCCAUCAGAUUCAGAAAGAUCCCCUUCCUGCUUAUAUGCCACCAGCGGUGCCAACCACAUGCCCGGCACAGGGAAACUUAAACCCGAAUUGCUUUUGCCCAAAGACAACCCCGAUGACAAAGACCCUGGCCCGUUGUCGUCUCGGUCCCAUCCACGGACUCAGAGCUCCCCUCCGCCAGGCUCCCACAGCCAGCCAGCCCAGCCAGGGGGAGCUUCAGACUGUUCUCCAUCCAGUAACAAUCACCUGGAUCUGCAGCCACUCAAAACUACCAGUGAGUCAAAGUCUGCCCCUGUGUGUCAGGAGCAGAUGGCGAAGAACCCCAUCCAGUCCGACGACCAGGAGUUUCAAAACUGUUCAGGAAGUGGUCACCUCCCGUCCUCUCUUCCAAGGAGGGAGACCAAACAUCAGAGCAACAGGGAGACUGGUGGGACUGAUCAGAUUCACCUGGCACAGGGUGAGCUCUGCGACCUCCAGGGCAGGCUGCAAUCCGUGGAGGAAUCUCUGCACUCGAACCAAGAGAAAAUUAAAGUCCUUCUGAAUGUAAUUCAAGACUUGGAGAAAGCUAGAGCUCUCACAGAAGGGCGCAACUUUUAUCGAACUGGCCAAGAUCUCAACAAUUGCAGCACCUGCCAGAACACAGCGUGCAUCAUCUACAGUGUAGAAUAUGACUUCCGGCAGCAGGAAGGCAGGUUCCACGAAGUUCUACAGAGUCUGGAGGAAGCAGAGCCAGUUGAGGAGGCAUCUCCCCCACCAAAGUCCCCAACAGAGCCCCCGGUCCCCGAGAAACAGGACUUAAGGCGGAAAACCAAGAAGGUGAAGAAGAAAUGCUUCUGGUGGAUCUGAGCUUGCGGGGACCACUCCCUCUGCGCUCCCUCCGCGAAGUGGCCACAUCACUGCCCUCAGGCUUCUCUGUUUCUUAGCAAAGGCCCCAGGCUCUGAGCCACUCGACCUGCGAAACCACUACAACGGG